CGUCGUUGUCCUGCACACUGCUGCUGUGUUCCGCAUCGCACCUUGCUCUUGUUGAAGGACGGGAAAUUCGUUGCAACGAUAUUUCGUUCAAUGAGACACUGUGUGAAAAAUUGAAACAGGAUUUGUAUUGUGAUCGCAUUGCAGUACAUUACAGCAGACAUGUCCGACCCGACGGGAGGAGAUAAUGCCGCAGAGGACCAGCAGCAAGGGCGCUGGCUUGGUGCCGUGAGAUCGUGGAUUAGAGGGGCAGAGGGUGAAGCUCCGGCGGAAGGCGACGCACCCGCGCCUGCUAGCUCGCCGGCGUUAAGUGCGGAUGAGAUCCGCAGGCGAAGGCUGGAAAGGAUGGGGGGGUCCAACAUGGAUCAGCCUCAACUCCGAAAGCAGUCGCCGUCGCCACCGCCGCCUGGGGCGAAGGACAGCAAGCCCACCGCCACCCCAGUCUCUACCAAACCUGGAGCAACUGCUGGAAAGGAACCCACCAUUGGUGCGGCAACAACAGCGGCAGCAGCACCAGCACCAGCACCGGUGGUCGCCUCGACUCCGGGAGCGACCGGGGGCUUAACAGAAGGCGGUGGGUUGAAGGCGGGCGGCAGCGGCGCAAGUGGUGGUGUUACCGCCGUUGCCCCUUCUGCUCCUGGAGCCUUUGUUGGCGGCAAGGGAAAGAUUACCCCGGAGCAACGCCUACACAACUCGCUGCGGGUGGUUUUGAGGGUGAGAGAACGGGACCGAAUGUUGUUAGGCACGAUGAUGCGCAUGUAG